UAUGUAUUCCUUUUACUACUUUUCUGUUACUCAGACCAUGUUCUUGCUGAGCAAGAAAGAUGCUGAAGAAAUUCCAAUACCCUGGUCAAUCAGACGCACCCAAGACCAAGAGGAGGAGGGGUAGCACAUAUUAACUUGGUAGUUCAGUUUCUGUUCUUUUUAUUCUAUUCUCCAGAAAGUACAAGUGAUGGUGGUGCUUCCGGUGGUGAAGCUAGCAACACUCGCUCUGAGAACCGCGUGCAAACCAAUCGCCAACAGGCUCAAGAAGGAGGCCGGUUACCACCCCAAGUUCCGAAAUUUCAUCAUCAGCAUUGCCCAGGCCAAUCAUAGAUUGACGACGAGAGUGCAGAGACGAAUUUACAGUCAUGCCACUGAUGUUGCAAUCCGCCCUUUGAACGAGGAGAAGGCUGUGCAAGCUGCUGCUGAUCUGCUUGGAGAACUCUUUGUUUUCUCGGUUGCAGGAGCUGCCAUCAUCUUUGAGGUGCAAAGAAGUUCAAGAUCAGAAGCAAGAAAAGAAGAACUACGUACACAGGAGAUUGAGGAAAUAAAGACUAAGAAUGAAGAAUUGGCUAGAGAAAUUGCACUUCUUGCACAAAAGCUUGAAGAGCUGGAACAACUUUCCAGGGGACGAGGACUACUUGGCACUCUUAAUAUCAAACACAGUCGUGUCUCUCAAGAUAGAAAAUCUAAUUGAUUGUUGCAAUUUUUAAGCAUUGCACUCAGAUUUUGAUUAACAAACAAUGGUUCUUGGUUUAGCAAGAAACAUAACUGAUAUUAAAAAUGUGCAGAGGGGAUACUGUGUGUGUAUAUAUAUAUAUAUAUAUAUAUAUGGAGAGGUACAAUGAGAGCUGAAACCAAAUUUUAGAUGUGGUGUGAGGGGCUUUGAGGAUUAAUCUUGCGUCUAACUUCGUAAGAAAUAAAACAAUUGUACAACACAUGUAUGUGCGCUUUUUGAAAAUUUCCUUUCCAGGGACAAAUUCAGCAUGCUAACUACUGUUUUCAAGCCUUUGGAUAAUCUACAUUUGU